AAAGAACACUACUAUUAUAAAUUAAUUUUUUUUUUUUGGUCCUGUUAUUUCUUCCCAUCGUGCUAGUGGAAGAAAAACGUUAUAUGUCGAGUCGGUCACGCUAAACCAAUUAAACUUAACGUUAUAUAAUAUUGUUCAGUGAUUUAUCCUCAAACCCAUCAUUGUUUUUCAAACCCAAUUUCUCACCUAUUGUAAUCGAUUUGAAAGCAUUAAAAUAUCUCAUUUCAAUGUCGCGUUUGAAAGUCGCGAAUAAUAAAAUUGCAAAAAUCUCGUUGACAUUUUCCCGUUACCGUUAUCUCUCCUUCCGCAUAUCAUGCAUAUUAACGGAAAUUAAUCCCUGGCCCUGCAAAAAGCCGGGAAAGUAAUUUUCACCGGUUUGCUAUUUGUUUGUGUUUUGAGGCACUUAACUAUUGCAUUAAAUUCCCCUUCUACCUGUCGCAAGGCCUCCGCUCUUUCCAGUUGCUUAUCGCGCUUUAGUAUAGUCAGAACCGCGAUGAGUGUUGCGAGUGAUUCAUUCGGUGACUAAAAUGAUUAUGAUGCGAUCAACACCCUGUACUAAGAUGGGGAAACCGCCUCCGCCGGUGCCCCCGAGACCCAGUAAGACUCUGGUGGCGGAAGCUUUGGCAAAGACGAGAAAAGCGGCGCCGGGGAGGACGGCUCCGCCACCGCCUGUCGUGAGUGUCGGUGUGUCAGAGGGUAGCAGAACUGUGAUUUUUCAAUCGCCGAAAAUUGAGAAGAAAAAGGAGGAAAAGGAGGAGGAUCAAGUGUUAAAUGAUCGUAAUCAUGUCAACACUUUGAUUGAUGAAAUGUUUGCCAGUGUUUUGGAUCAAAAUGAAGAUCGAGUUAGUGUUGAAGUACCGACGGUCGUAGUCGUCGAAGACUCGAGUAGUAAUAGUAAUAGUUCGACAAAUGAGAAGAAAAAAGUCCAAUUUGACGAUCGGAUGAAUCACGAAUUGUUAAUUUCCGAAUUGGAAAGUAUGCGAAUUGAAGACGAGAAAAUCUCAAAGAGACAAAGAAAACCUUCGGAUUUGUUAAGUAGUGAUAGUGAUAAUAAAAUUCAACAUUCGGAUUGGGUCGAAGUGAAUGAUGGACAAGAAGUGCAUCUUUCUGCUUGUCAAAUUAUUAUCGACAAUAAAAUCGAAAAAUUAAAACUCGAUUACGAAAGGAUUAAAACAAUGUCUUCGCUUCACGGCCUACCUCCUCUACCCAAAAGUCUCAGUGGUUUUAAUUUAUUAGAGUCGAAACCUCCGACUCCCGUAAGGACGACGUCGAUGAGGCAAGGACAUUUGGUUUAUCCGCCUCAUCCGAAAAUCAACGGCGAUAGGAAGACGAAUUUGGAUACGCAGUUGGCGAUUUUGCGACGAGAAAUGUACAGUCUUCGUCAGCUGGACCUCUCGCUCCUCUCUCAAUUGUGGUCCUUGAACGAGUCGAUCCAGGAUUUCCGUCAAAUCCUCCAGGAGCAGGAGGACCGCGUCCUGUCGCCGCCAUCGCCGUCCCCGACGCCGUCCAGCGGCGACGAGGGCGAAGGCGAUGAAUUUUACAUGUCUACUUCGAUGAAUUUCAGGACCCCGCCCCCGCCCCCUCCGGUCCGGAGACCUAGCAGUUCCUCGAAUGCGUCCAGUCUUGGUGUUUCAGAACUGUCGGCUUUGUAAGUACAGACACAAGUCCGACUUCCUGCACCAUUCGGGAGGCAAAUGUGAUCGACAGGGCAUUGGUCUUUGUAAUAUUGGCACACGUUUGUCAAUUGAGGACAACUCUGAGGGACUGCUACCAACCCAAACAACUUAUUUCCACUGCCACCUAAAGGAACCUGUAGUGGUGGCAAACGUGUCAAAGUAUUUUUGUCGGCUCUUUCAAUUUUCUUCCUGAAAUAACCAAUCAGAUUGUUGUAAUAAACCACGUGGUCACUCACGUGAUCCAAUCCGACCAAUAGAUGUGUUUAUC